AUGAGUAAACCAGGCGGGUAUCCUCAAGAGGGCCAGGAUCCAUAUUAUGGGGAACGUCGCGCUCCAUUACCCGUCAACCAGCGUUUUUCUGACAGAAGUUUUGAAAAUUAUGGUCAACCUCAACAAGCUCGGUCUUCUGUAACUUCUGAAACUUCUGUUGAUGCUGCAAUUUCACGUAUGGCAAAUAUGAAGAUUGGUGACGAUCGUAGUGCACCAAUUCCAUUUCAAGGUUCAUAUACUCCACAAAGAGUAAGCUCUCCCCGUCCUCGUCCUAAUCCACAAAUGCAAGGUCCUCCUCGUCCUAAUCAACAUAUGCAAGGUCCUCCUCCUCCUAAUCAAAUGCAAAGUCCUCCCCCUAAUCAACAAUUGCAAGGUCCUGGUCGACAAAUGCAAGGUAGCCCUCCUCCUCCUAAUCAACAAAUGCAAGGUCCUGGUCGACAAAUUCAAAGUAGCCCACCUCCUAAUCAACAAAUGCAAGGUUAUCCUCCUUCCAAUCAACAAUUGCAAGGUUAUCCUCUUCCCAAUCAGCAAAUUCAAAGUCCUCCUCUUCCUAAUCAACAAAUGCAAGGUCCUCCUCCUCCUCCCAAUCAACAAAUGCAAGGUCCUCCUCCUCCUCCUAAUCAACAAAUUCAAGGCCCUCCCCCAUUAUCACAAUCGAGGGAAUAUCCUAAUUAUGGCCCUGAAGAGCAAUAUUAUGGUCAUUAUCCUCCAGAUUCUGAUCCUUCCAUAAAAGCACAUCAAAAAUAUCCGAAUUAUUAUAAUUAUAAUAAUCAAUAUCAUCCUCAAGACUAUCCUCCUCCUAAAGACAGUCAAGAAUAUUAUCCUCGGGGUCAAAAUUACGAUACUGCUUCUAUAUAUACUGAAGAUUCAUAUAAUUAUUAUCCAACUCAACCUUAUGAUCAAGAUAAUGUGAAUCAAGGAAUGUACGGUUAUGAUUAUUAUAGAGGGUACCCUCCUAACGAAGGAUAUCCUCCUAGUGAACGAUAUCCUCCUGGUGAAGGAUUCCCUCCAAACGAACGAUAUCCUCCUGGUGAACGUUAUCCUCCUAACAAUGGAUAUCCCCCUAGUGAAGGGUAUCCUCCUAGUGAAGGAUAUACUCCUAGUGAAGGAUAUCCUCCCAGUGAAGGAUACCCUCCUAAUUAUGAUUAUUAUGGUGACAUGAAUCCUCAUCAAUAUUAUCAGGAUCAAUAUUAUGGUCCACAAGAUGAAUAUGGUUCUAGAGGUUAUUAUGGUCAACCAGUUCAACAACCUUACAUGGAAAAUACAAAUAGGUAUUCUGGUCAAAGAAACUCGGGUACACCUAAUAAUGUGGAAGAUAAAGCUUUAUAUACACCUGAAGCAAUAGAACAAUAUCGACAAAAAAUGAAAUCGGUUACCGAUCCUGAUGCUUUAUAUGUUUUUGCCAAAUAUUUAAUUUCUGCUUCAAUUCAUGUUGAUGAUCCUGAUCCUAAAAAUGCAAAAAAGAAAAAAGAAACAUUACUUCAGGAAGGAAUCAAGUUAAUGAAACGUUUGGCCACACAAUCUAUGGGUCGUCCUUCACAUCCAGAUGCUCAAUUUUACCUUGCAGAUUGUUAUGGUAGUGGAUCAUUGGGUUUAACGAAAGAUCUUGAGAAAGCUUUUAAUCUAUAUGAACAAGCUUCAAAAUCACGUCAUCCUGCGGCUACUUAUAGAACGGCUGUAUGUUACGAAGUUGGUGGUGGAACAAAACGAGAUCCACAUAGAGCAGUCCAAUUUUAUCGUAAAGCAGCUGCAUUAGGUGAUACUGCCGCUAUGUAUAAACUUGGAAUGAUCAUGUUAAAAGGACAAUUGGGUCAACAUGAUAAUCCACGAGAAGCUCUUAAUUGGCUUAAGCGCGCUGCAGCUCAAGCGGACGAAGCAAAUCCACAUGCAUUACACCAAUUAGGAUUAUUACAUGCUAAACCAGAAAAUGAACCACCAAUAAUUCCUUCACUCAUCAGAAAUGAAGGACAUGCAUUCGAAGAGUUUAAACGUGCUGCGGAUUUAAGUUAUGCACCAUCUUGUUUCAAAUUAGGAGCUUGUUUUGAAUAUGGACAGCUGGGUUGUCCUAUUGAUCCUCGACAAUCUAUUCGAUAUUAUUCACGUGCUGCUGAAAAAGGAGAUCCUAACGCUGAAUUAGCAUUAUCUGGUUGGUAUUUGACAGGUUCAGAAAAUAUAUUGAAACAAUCUGACACAGAGGCAUAUUUAUGGGCUCGGAAGGCUGCAGAUAAAGGCCUUGCAAAAGCAGAGUAUGCCAUAGGGUAUUAUACGGAAACAGGCAUUGGUAUAACUCAAAAUCUUGAUGAAGCAAAACGUUGGUAUAUGCGUGCUGCAGCACAAGGGAAUAAAAGAGCAAUGCAGCGUCUUACUGAACUAAAACAUGGUAAAAAUCGCUUAGGUAAUACAAAACAUACACGAUCUCAGGCAAAUAAAGAAGAUUGUACCAUAUGCUAA